UAACGAGUAGCAAAAAAAUACUCUGAUAUGUUCAUGUAUUAAGAUACUUUAAGAUAAUGGCGACUUUUUUUACCAACAUUGAUUAAUGGUCCAGAUAUUGAUGAACUAUAUCUAACCCUUUUCUUUGUCCAAGUCCAAGUCAACAUUGCCUGUCGAUCAAUUAGCCAUGGACAACUCGACAGAGAUGAUGGAUACAUCAAGUCCCAUUAUCAUUGCUGACAUUGGCGGCUAUUCAAUAAAAUAUGGUUACAAAGAUUCUCCUGAUAGUCCUAAAAUCAUGAGCAAUAGCAUCUGUAAAGUUAAAAGUGAACGUCGGCGACUCUUCAUCGGCGAUCAAUUGGACGAUUGUAAGGACUAUUCAGGUCUGUUCUAUAUUUUACCCUUCAACAAAGGUUUCCCGAUCAAUUGGGAUAUUCAAAAGCAAAUCUUGGAUCAUACUUUUCGCAACAAACUUGAACUCGAAGGUUCCUAUGAGGAUAAAGUUUUUCUUUACACCGAACCAUAUUUUAAUUUUCGUCAACUUCGUGAAACCAUGCUUGAAGUUCUUUACGAGGAAUAUGGAUUUGGAACCCUUGCCAAAAGUGUACCAGCUUUUUUGUCUAUGGUUAAACAUGUGCAACAAGUGAAUAGUGACAAAUGUUGCCUUGUUGUUGAUUCUGGAUACUCAUUUACUCAUGUUGUACCAUUUAUUGGAGGCAAGAUUGUCAAAGGAGCUAUAAGAAGAAUGGAUAUUGGCGGGAAAGCAUUGACUAAUCAUCUCAAAGAUAUCAUUUCAUACCGGCAACUUCACGUUCUUGAUGAAACCUAUGUGAUAAAUCAAUGUAAAGAAGAUUGUUGCUAUGUUUCCUCACAGCUUUAUAAAGACCUCGAGACAUGUCGAGAGAAAGGAAACUCAAUUGCCCGUGAUUAUGUUUUACCCGAUUUUAUGACUGUUAAGAGAGGUUAUAUCCGUGAUGAAAAUAACCCCAACAGUGAUCUCCAAUGUAUUCGUAUGAAUAAUGAACGUUUCCAAGUUCCUGAAAUACUUUUCUAUCCCUCUGAUGUUGGUAUUGGACAAAUUGGUAUUUCUCAUUCCAUUGUUCACGCUAUUGAAUCAUGUCCAGAAGAGUUCAGAUAUGGUCUAUAUAAUAAUAUUGUUCUCAUUGGUGGUAACUCUUGUCUGCCCGGUUACAGAGAUCGAAUUUAUCGAGAUGUUAGAUCGAUGGCUGAUGCCUUAUAUGAUGUAUCUGUAACUGUUCCAGAAAAUCCCAUCACUGAUCCAUGGUUUGGUGGUAGAUAUCUUGUUAACAAUUUACCAUCUGUACUGGACAAUCUUUGUCUUACGAAGAGAGAGUACGAUGAAAUUGGAAGCUCUAACUGCUCAGAAAGAAUGGAUUUACCGACUUAUGAUUUAAAUAUCGAUGACUCUGCUUCAGAAUCUUCAAAAUCCUGAAUCUUCAAUUUUUAUUUCAAUUUUUUUGCGAGACAUUUAAUAUUUCGACUCAUUCAAUAUUUAUCUUUUUUACUAAGUUAUUUUUACAUUGGAAACUUCUGUAAUACCAAAAACAAGUUUGUAUUGACAUCUUUCUUUUUUUAGAAAUGACCAAAAUUGAAAACUUUCCAUUUUACGAAACAAACAACCAUGUCGAAUAAUUUAUCAUUAAACAAUAGACAUUAAUUAAAA